UUAAUAAAGUCCAGACUUUAACGUCAUGGCAACGCCAUUCAAAUAGCAUUAUGUUAAAGUCUAGACUUUAAAUUUUAUAAGCACGGGCACAGGUGGGGUGGGAUCUUAAUGUAGCUCAAUGAUUCAACACGGUCUAGACUCCCCAUGACACCCCGCUCACACAUUUUUGUGCAUAAACAUUUGAAUACUGACAUCUAUUCUUAUUUGUAUCCAUCCAUCUAUCCAUUGUGUCUGUGAUGCUAAGUGCUACCAAAUUUUAAAGUUAAGGUCAAGGCCUACUAUCUCUUUUUAAAAAAAUUAAUUAAUUAAUUCGUUCAUUCAUUCAUUCAUUCAUCAUUCAUUCAUUCAUUCAUUCAUUCAUUCAUUCAUUCAUUCAAAUGUUCUAUUUUAGGAAUUUCUGAAUGUUACUACUAAAACACCAGAGUUCAUGCUACAUUUUAAUAAUUUUAUAAACUGAAAAAAGAAAAUUGUUCACUUGAGUAAAACAUUGAAGUUGCAUAAAAAAUAUUGAGUUAAACAUUAGCUAAAGAGAGAUAACUCUUUUAAUGAAAAGAAGAAAGAAAAUGGUUAACUGGAGCAAAGUGCCUGAACCUAAAGUUGCAUCUAAAACUGACAAAAGGGAGAUAAUUCUGAAAUGAUUUCUGAAAUGUCUGAUCACAAAAUAUUUCACAUGGAACUGCAAACUAAAAAUACUAGUGAGACAGAAGGGAGAUAAUUCUCUUUUAUAAUUACCGAUUUCUGAAAUGUCUGAUCUCAAAAUAUUUCACAUGGAACUGCAAACUAAAAAUACUGGUGGCAAACCAUUCCAGUGUGGAAUGUGCUUGAAGCAAUUCUCUACUAAAUCUAGAAUUGAAAGACAUAUGUUCCUACAUACAGCUGCAAAACCUUUCGCAUGCGAACUAUGCAGCAAAUGUUUUGCAAAGCCUUCCACUUUGAAAUAUCACAUGCACGUGCACACUGGUUACAGACCUUUCAAAUGUGAGGAGUGCGCCAAAUGUUUCACAAGAAGCAGCAAGUUAAAACAGCACAUUCUAGUGCAUACGGGUGUCAAGUCAUUCCAAUGUCCGGUGUGCGAGAAACACUUCUCUCGCAGUCAGAACUUGAAGCAGCAUCGGAUGAUUCAUACCGGAGUGAAGCCUUUCAGAUGUGAAGUGUGCACAAAAUGUUUUGCAAGCAGUUCUAGUUUGAGACUUCACAGAUUCAUCCAUACUGAGGAUAAACCAUUCAUAUGUGAGGAGUGCACAAAAUGUUUUGUACAGUUUGCCAGUCUGAAACGUCAUAUGUUGGUUCAUACUGGUGAGAAGCCUUUCAAAUGUGAACUGUGCACAAAAUGUUUCAGGGAGAAGAAUAAGUUAAAUCAGCAUAUGUCAGUUCAUUUUAGUUAUAAAACAUAUAGAUGUGAGGUGUGCGCAAAAUGUUUUCCUCGAAAAUACAACUUAAAGCAACAUCUACUGAUUCACGGUGGGGAGACGCCAUUCAAAUGUGAAGUGUGCACAAAAUAUUUCGCACAGAGCUGCAUCUUAAAACAGCACAUGUUGACUCAUGGAGAGAAAUCUUUCAAGUGUGAAGUUUGCGAGAAAUGUUUUGCACAGAACAGCACAUUAAAACACCCAUGUUGACACACACUGGCGAAAAGCCUUUCAAAUGUGAACAGUGCACAAAAUGUUUUACCAAGCUUUCCAGUCUGAAAUACCACGUGAUGAUUCAUACUGGGGAGAAACCCUUCACAUGUGGGGAGUGCGGAAA